GCCCAUUGCAACGCAAGGACAAGUGUUCCUUGCGUUCUCGGCUUGCUUUCUUUCUCGACAUUCGACAAUUUGUGGCGGCGCUGCUGCGGAGAAAGAUAGCUUUAAUUUCCUUCCCUGGUCACCAUUACUGUUCAAAGCCAGAACAUGCCUUUGAGAGCCUCCAGGACUACGGUGUGGGUCUCAUUGCCAUCUACUUCCUUCAGGGCUCUUUUGCUGAUGCAGGCUAGAAUUUUAUCAACUACAGAGGAACUAGUGGACCCGAACAGGAGGCAGCACGGUGGACCACUAGUUAGUACAUCUGCCUCACAGUUCUGAGGACCUGGGUUCAAAUCUGUUAAAUGGAUGGAUGGAGGGAUGGAUUUUCCAGGAAUCUGCUCUGGUCAAUCUUCCAUCUUCAUCUCCUUGCACACCUUGUUUUUGUUUUUGCUAAUAUGGCCUACAUCACAGCCACGCAUGAGUCCACAGGAGCUGUUGGGUUCCAAUGCUGCGGCUGUGGUGAAAAAGCCUCGAUAAAUGACCAUCCAUAAAAUUCUGAUGAUUUUCAAACUUUUGUGGUUUGUUUUUUUCUGUAAUAGCAAGAGGCAUAAUGCUAUCAAAUAAUGCAAUACAAAGGCUAAAUCAGUAUCCGGCUUUAUACUAUGUACCUGUUUUUUCUUGUCUGUUCAUAGAGUCCCAGACAUUUGGAGAGCAAUUGCUAGGUGUAAUGUCAUGGAGCAUACCCGUCUUUGUUGCACUCUCCAUUUUCAGCGGGCUUAACGGCGCACUCAGCACAUCAUCACGGUCCGUCUUCACCUUCCUUGAAAAGUGCUGUAUAAGUGUAAUCGCAGGGCACAUAUAAACAAGCAACCAUUCGCACUCACAUUCACACCUACGGACAAUUGAAAAGGCUUAAAGUAACCUACCAUGCAUGGCACGGGGAGAACAUGCAAACUCAGCACAGCCAAGGCCGGAUUUGAACCUGAGUCCUCAGAACUGUGAGGCAGAUGUGCUAACUAGUUGUCCACCUUGCCGCCAAUGAGAAUAUUUGUAGGAAAAAAUAAAUAAAAAAUUACGCUCAAUAGUUUGAAUAGUCUUUUUUGCGUAUUCAAUUGAAUAUCGGUUCAAAUUGGGGUUUGUAGAACCCUCCUCCUUUUUUCUUAAGUGAUGCAUUUACUUAGUAUUUUAAUGUUCAGGUUGUAUUUAUAAUUCCAGCACUAUGUUGUUAAUGUUAUCACGCUCCAGGCGUUAAAACUUGAAUGACCAAAUGCACAUAGCCUAUGUUUUGAAUAUUUGUUAUCAUCGGAUUUAAAUCCUAUUAAGAAAUAGUCGUAAGCUAUUGGUGAUAACAAUUCCUUAAUUGGUCCUUCUCAUAAAUUCAUAUGGUGUGUAAUAUGCUGCAAUCAUUUAAGAAAAUAAAACUGAUAAUGCAACAAAUAUUUUUUCCUUAGUCUAAUGCCUUUCUUCAGAUUGUGUUUGUCUUGAUGGAGUGAUAUAGUGCUGUGAAAGAAGGUAGCACUCGUAUCAUGUUUCAUCAGGUUUCGUCCACCUGCUUCAACACCACACACAGCAAGGAAUUGCGGAAGUCAUGGGAAAAGCUUUUGGACAGUAGUUGGCGUUAAUCCGGAAACGGAAUAUAUUGUAUUCAAAAUAAAAGUAUUGAUAACGCUUUGACACCGUUGCAUUGAAUAAUUCUCCUUGUCUUAGUUAUUAUUCAUCCAACAAUGCAAAAACACCUUGUACCGCGAUUUUUAAAAACAUACUACAUUUAUUUUGAAAGAUUAUACAAGGAAAUGACUCGCAACAUAAUUUAUUUUUGAAAGAUUGUACAAGGAAAUGACUCACCACUGGCAUCAGUUUAUGUUUGUUCACGAGUACAACGCCAAGAUUGGUGUCCACCAGGACGAUUGCGGAUGUGUGUGAAGCGUGACACCCUCUCCACUGUUAGCUCGGCGCUACGAAAGGUUUAGCCACCGGCUACGCUGCCUGAGAGACCUGUGUCGUUGGUGGAGGUAGUAUCAAAAUAACUUGUUAACACCACAACCCAAUGUCUAUUUUUACACAUUCAAAAGCGCCGUAAUGCGCCGUUAAGUUUCACUAACUUGAAAACAUCUACAAAUGUAUUGCGUACAGUCAGCAUUAAACUACGGGAAUAAGUGGUAUUUAUAAUGGGCCGAUAUAUAUUUGUAUGAAUGUCAGAUGCAGAAGUAAACGGACUAUUUGAAUCUAUUCUAACCUUUUUAUUGCUCGCUCACUCACUCACACUCAGACACACAUACACACACACACACACACACACACAGCCAUGUCUCCAUCGAUACCACUGCAGGAGAUGAUCCGGGCCAUCAGGUCAGCCAGGACUCAGUGUGAGGAGCGGGGUGUCAUACAGAGGGAAUGCGCUGCCAUCCGGGCACAAUUCAGACAAUCUGACAACGACGGCCGGUCUCACAACCUGGCCAAGCUUCUCUAUGUGCACAUGCUUGGCUACCCCGCACACUUUGGUCAGAUGGAGUGUGUUCGCAUGAUCGCCAGCCCCCGUUACAGUGAAAAGCGUGUAGGAUACCUGGGAGCCAUGAUGCUGCUGGAUGAGAAGCAGGAUGCCAGUUUGCUCAUCACCAAUUCUAUAAAGAAUGACCUGUCACACAGUAGCCAGUAUGUGCAGUCUCUGGCUCUGUGCACACUCGCUUGCAUAGGCUCAGCAGAGAUGUGCAAAGAUCUCGCCCCAGAGAUCGAGAGGCUGCUUCGAGCCUCUAAUUCUUAUAUUAAGAAGAAGGCUGCACUGUGUGCCAUAUACAUUGUUAGAAAGGUUCCAGAUCUCUGGGAACUCUUUGCCCCGACAGCUCGCUCUCUCCUGUCUGAGAAGCACCACGGUGUGCUCCACGGUGCUGUAGUGCUCAUCACUGUGCUGUGUGAGUGUAAUCCAGAGACACUGAAGCGCUUCAGAAAGGCGGUCCCAGAUCUGGUUCACAUUAUGAAAGGCUUGGUCACUUCCAGUUACUCUCCAGAGCAUGAUGUGGCAGGGAUCAGUGAUCCUUUCCUACAGGUCCGCAUCUUGAGACUGCUGCGAAUCCUUGGUCACAACAACGAGGCAGCUAGCGACACCAUGAAUGAUCUACUAGCUCAGGUAGCUACCAACACAGAUAGCACUAAGACUGUGGGCAAUGCUGUGCUGUAUGAGACUGUUCUUACGGUGCUGGACAUCAAGUCUGAAAGUGGCCUCAGGAUCCUGGCUGUGAACAUCCUGGGUCGCUUCCUUCUUAACAACGACAGGAACAUUCGAUACAUUGCCAUGACAUCCCUACAAAAGAUUGUUGGGACAGACAACAUUGCAGUGCAGCGGCACAGAGGAACCAUCGUGGACUGUUUGAAGGACCCGGAUGCUUCUGUCAAACGCCGUGCGUUAGACCUCUCCUUAGCAUUGGUGUCUGCCAGCAACAUCCGCUCCAUGAUGAAGGAGCUGCUCGCAUUCCUCUCCUCCUGUCCCCCUGAACUCAGAGCCGAAGCAGCCAGCGGUAUUUUCCAUGCUGCGGAGAGGUACGCACCCUCCCAGCGCUGGCACAUUGACACCAUCCUGCAUGUCCUCACCAUGGCCGGAGGUGAUGUAAGAGAUGAGACUGUCCCCAACCUGAUCCUGCUCAUCACCAAUGCUUCUGAGCUUCACCGUUACACCGUCCACAAGCUUUACCGAGCACUCCUCGCUGACAUCUCUCAGACGCAUUACACGUUUUGUACACAGUUGUAUACAUUUUAUGGGUGUCUACAGCAACCGCUAGUUCAAGUGGCAUGCUGGUGCAUUGGAGAGUAUGGAGACCUGCUACUUGGAGGAGAGUGUCAAGAGAUGGAGCCCAUUGAGGUGACUGCCGACAGCGUGCUGGAUGCGUUGGAAACGGUUCUACAGUCUCACAUGUCAACCCCGGCGACAAGAGGCUUUGCUCUCACCGCCACCAUGAAACUGAGCACCCGAAUCAAUGACAAUGUCGAUCGAAUAAGAAGCAUUGUAAGCAUUUACGGCAGCUGUACAGAUGUGGAGCUCCAGCAGAGGGCAGUGGAAUACAACGCGCUCUUCAGAAAAUAUGACCACAUGAGGGCAGCAGUGCUGGAGAGAAUGCCUGUGAUUGAGAGGAACUCUCCGGGUCAUACCAACGGGGACUCGAUGGGGGGUGUCAUCAGAGAGAUGGAGGUGGGCAAGGUGAAGCCGAAAGAGGCCCUGCUGCCACAGCAGCCCGCUAACCAGAUAUGUGAUCUUUUGGACCUGCUUGGGCACUCCGAGGGGUCCGUUCAAGCUGACACAGUACUCGUCCAGCCCAUAAACACAGCCAAGCCUGCCGGAGGGGACCUUCUGGAUCUGUUGGGAGGCUUUGAGCCCACCCCCCUGGCGCCAGCCCCAGCAGUGACGGUGUACGAGAAGAACGGUGUAACUUUGACACUCAGCUGUGAGAAACACUCCGACUCGAGCCUGACAGUGACCCUCAAAGGAAGCAACUCCUCUGACUCAGACAUCGCAAGCUUCGCUCUCCAGGCUGCUGUGCCCAAGAGUGUCCACUUACACAUGAAAGCCCCCAGCGGGAAUGCGCUUCCUGCACGAGGCUUCGCUCAGGUGACCCAGUUGGUGCUUCUCAACAACCCAAACAAGGUCAACCUUAAAAUGAGGAUACGCAUAUCUUACUCAAGCCAAGGAUCUUCCAUUCAGGACACAGUCCAGAUUGAUUCCUUUCCCGGACUUUCCUGAUUGGCACCUGUCAGUCUACUAUCAGACCUCCACAAUACCAUUCCUCAAAUUCCUGGAAUGGUUGUUUUACGCUAAUGUCGAACUUUGACAGAAAACACAAUCUUAUGGUCUAUUUUGAUAUUGCAUUCUCUACUUUGGAAUACAUAAAAACAAGUAUUGGUGUUUUCCAAUGUCGACCGGAUAUAAAAUGUCACCUGUGUAAUCAGGGUUUUGAAUACUGUAGUUGAUUUUACCUGGAAUGAUUCUUUCACUUUUGAGAUAUUGAAUGUCUCAUAGCACUCCCUGCCUCCAAAUGUUUUGAAAUUAUUUCAUUAAAUUCAGUUCAGUACUAACAAAUGAACCCUUAAUAUACCAUGAUGUCAUACACUCAAGAGCUCCCAUGUUCUCCUGUGCCUUUCAUCCUUUUUUGCUCAGAGAGUUUUCCUCAUUUAAUUACAAAGUGGGAAUCAGCAUUUCAAUUACUGUACUUUAUAAUGAACCGCUUGAAAAAUAGCCAUUUGUUGAUUAUUUAGUCAACUCAAGUCCAAAAAAUUAGGGACUAUAUUGUGAUGUAAAUAAGUUGUGGUUCUCUAUUUUAUUGUAAAGCCCAAUACACAUGAUUCUUUAAAAGAAAAAAAAAGGCUAGACCACAUUUUAAAGUCCUCAAAUAACUGGAAAUCCUGGGUUUCUGCUGUGGUACUUUAAAUGGAUGUUCAAACUAUUUCAGAUCUACAAAAAGUGUUUGGAUCCAUGCUCAUUUUGUAAUAAAGAAGGGUGUGUUACAGCACCUUUAAGCAGCAA